AUGAGCCUCCCACUCAGCGUCUUCUCGCCGCCGAUGACGCCGGACGUGGCGGACGAGGCGGAGCUGCGGGCGGCGUGCAGCGCGGUGACGGAGCGGAGCAGCGACUCGACGCUCAGGUUCGGGCCGGCGGGCGACGAGUGGGCGUACGACAGGCAGAGCAGGACGUACGACCUCACGCGCGGGGCCGGGCUCCCGGCGCCGAUCAGGGUGCGCACGACGCGGGGCCCGCCCGACACGCACAUCCUGAUGGCGCCGGCGUCGGCGGUGCUGGUGGUGGUGGACAUGCAGAACUACUUCCUGCACCCGUCGUGCCGGUCGCACCCGGGCGGGCUGGCGGCGGUGGGCCCGCUGCUGCGGGCGGUGGAGCGGUGCCGCGGGGCCGGGGUGCAGGUGGCGUGGCUGAACUGGGGGCUCACCGACGCCGACCUGGCGGCGAUGCCGGCCGGGGUGGCGCGCGGGUUCGCGCGGGCGGUGGUGGCCGGGGACGGGGACGCGGACGCGGGCGGGGCAGGGGCCGGGGCCGGGGCCGGGCUCGGGGCGGACCUGGGCGGCGGCAGGGGCAGGUGCCUCGUGGCCGGGGAGUGGAACGCCGAGAUCUACGAGCCGCUCCGGAGGGCGGUGGACGAGGCGGGCGACGUGCGCUGCGCCAAGAACCGCAUGAGCGGCCUGUGGAGCGAGGCCCAGCCGCUGUGGAGGUUCCUCAAGGACACGGGCAAGAAGACGCUCCUGUUCGCGGGCGUCAACACGGACCAGUGCGUGCUGGGGACGCUGACGGAUGCUUAUAAUGCCGGCUGGGACUGUGUCCUGCUCGAGGACGCCUGUGCCACCAGGACCGAGGGCGCCACCGAGGUCUGCCUGGCAAAUGUCGCCAACAAUUACGGUUUUGUCAUAGACUCGACGACAUUCACAGAAUCCGAAUCCGACUCCGGAUGA